AAAGUCGUGUGUUCCAACAUGCGGUACCAGCAGCUGCCUUGGUGAAAAAGUAAAAAUGUGACUGUGCUUACUAAUGGGAAGAUAAAAUCCGUAAAUUCACCGAAAAUACGAUCCAAAAUAGCAUGACUAUAACGUUAAUUUUUACAUCAUAACAACCAGAACGCAACAUCAAAUAGUCAUUGUCCAGUGGUAUACCAACAUCUGAGUUUUUCCAAUUCGAAAAAGUAUAGUGCCGUCUGUAUACCGAACUAGCAGGAAGAGCUAUAACAACAUGGCUGACCAGCAGGCAGUAAGUGCGCCAGAACAGCAGCCCCAACAGCCGCAGCAACAGCAGCAGCAGCAACAACAACAGCAGCCGCCUCAACAGCAACAACCCCAACAACAGCAGCAGCAGCAGCAACCGGAACAACAACCUCCGGCCAAUAAUAAACCUGCGGUUCCACAACAGCAAAAGGAAGUGAUCGCUACCAAGGUUACCGGUGUGGUCAAAUGGUUCAAUGUGAAGAGCGGUUAUGGUUUCAUCAAUCGUGGCGAUACGCAAGAAGAUGUGUUCGUUCAUCAGUCAGCUAUUGCACGUAAUAACCCGAAGAAGGCCGUCCGUUCCGUCGGUGAUUGUGAAGUGGUUGAAUUCGACGUUGUCAUCGGAGAAAAAGGUAAUGAGGCAGCCAACGUCACUGGCCCCCAGGGUGAGCCAGUGAAGGGAAGUCCAUAUGCCGCCGAAAAACGUCGGGGUUACCGUCAAUGGUGGCAAAAGCGUGGCCAACGUCGACCCCACUCCAAGGACGGUGAGCCACUCGAGGAACACAAUGAAAUGGAAGGUCAAAAUGGUGAACAACCACAACAGCAGCAACAACAACAACCUCCACAGCACCAGAUGAAGCAGCAACCACUUCAACAGCGCCGUGGCGGAUUCCGUCCACGUGGACGUGGAGGAUACGCCUAUUCGUAUCGUCCUCCUCCGCGAGGACCUCGUCGUGAUGGUCCACCAAUGAACGACAAUGGACACAUGGACCAAAAUCAAAUGAUGGACGGUCAAAAUGGACCUCGCCAAGGCGGACGAGGAGGUGGCCCGAGACGGUUCUUCCGCCGCAACUAUCACAACGGCGGUGGACGAGGCAUGGGCGGCCCCGGUGGCCCUCCACGACGUGGUGGAUACCGUGGCGAUUAUCAGAACGAUUACCAACAGAACGGGCCGGAACAACCGCGUCGUAUGGGCCCCCCAGUGCGCGGUGCUGGUGGCGGUCGCGGUCGCUUCCCGCGUCGUGGAGGACGAGGUGGACAGAGACCCAGAAACGAUGCAGGAGCUGGCGGUAACAACAACGCUGUCCAAAAUACCACUACCGAAAGCUCCGCAUAAACAACUCGCAUCGGAAAACUCGCAAGGCAGAGAUCGCAUUUCAACGUCGUGCGGCAUCCCUCAAAAAAAAACAUCAAUGGAGUAAUCGUACAUCACAACUCCUGGGAUGUCUCUGAACGUCUCUUGGAAUAGAGUCACUCAAAAAAGCGUCAACAUGAAAGCAAAACCCAUAGAAUAUAGAAAAGUAUAAAAACCUAUACUAUUUUAAAUGUAACUAUUCAAUUGACAACCAAAUUGAAUAUUGGAUCGUGUUAUGAAACGGCAAAAUGUUUAAAUUUUGAAUCGAAUCGGAAAAGCAAAGUAACAACAAAAAGCAAAAGCAGCAGCUCGAUUGAAAGAGUAACGUGCGGCGGAGCAGCACAUCGGGUUAGGUCGGACUUAGGACAACGUUCGCUAGCUGGUUAAGCGAUCCUCCUAACAGUGCAAAACAGAACAACCACGUGAAUGUUGAACACGCAAUCAUUGGCAGCCGGCUGUUGGUACAACAACUAGAAUGAACCGUCGUCGAGGGAAUCCUUCAACCCCACAUAAACAAACGAUCAUAAGAAACACCCAACAACAACAACAACACAUCAACAUACAAUCACCACCAAACAAUGCACAGUCUCGUUGUGGAGGAGGCCUUUCAACAUCGCGAGGCUUAAUUGCUAUCCUUGGAAGGACGAAAUCGAACCGGUUCUGGACCAAAUUGCUUGCCGAUUGUGUCGUCACACCGUUAGAAGAGCCCGUUUCACUCCAGACUACGGUAGGUCAACGACCAACAGUAAGAUCCCCGUGCAAGUAAUUUUGUAACACACACACUGUAUUGUUUUUUCGUAUCGUUUUCUAAAAUUUAAAAUUCGCGUCUUUUGUUGCCUCGGGAAUCGCGCCCGAGAGAUUAGGAAACGUUUUUAGUAAUAAAUUUCGAUCGCAUUCGAAUCAUCCUCGGCAAAAAGAUAAAAAAAAGAAAUACGGAACCCAUCGUCUAAUGUCAAAACAACCAAUAUUCGGUUUGGUUCAAAAUAAGGAGUUUUUGAUUUGCUAAUAAUUAAAGAGAUAGUAAUUCCGGAAGGAACAAAUUUACACAAAAUACUAAGAAAAAUACACUAUCCGUUUAAAAUCACUUAAAAUCAGCAACAGUAGAGGAAAAAAGUGUUUAAGUAAGGUACAUAAUAUCUAGCGAGAAAAGGAAAAGAGAAUACGAAGGCAUCAAAUGUUUUGAGCACGAAGUCGCGAAAGGAGAUUAAAUCUUAUUUUCCGCGUACCAUAUUUUCAGUCUCACAGUCUUCUUUUUCUUUUCGAGCGCUAAUAUCUUUCGUGUUACAUUUUCGUUUUGUGUUUGCUUUACCAGAGAGAUAGUCACGAGCAUGAUAUUUUUAGUAUUUGGAACAGGCGCACUAAACGCGCUCCGUCAUUUUUUAUUUUAAGAAGAAUUUUGAAAACGAUCACAUCAUUGCGUACACAUUUACAUACUUUACACCUAUAUAACAAUGCAGUCAAAGGGAAAAACUUAAGCAUUUUAUAUCGAUGUUUUUUGAAGCGUAGAAAUAUCAUUUUAAUAAGAAAAGCAUGAAACAAUAUCUAACCCCUCUUUCAACCAAAAAAUAAUAACUUACAACGGAAGCAAAGAUAUGCGAAUGAAAACCUUGUAACAACCUAGAAGACCAGAAAGCAACAGCAAAAGGUAAAAUAGGGCGAAAGUACGAUUGAAGGAGUGAAGAAAAGGAUUCAACAAAACCAGUUAUAUAAAAUCAAGCUAAUAAUCAGUAAGGAAUGAUAAAAUAAACUACUUAAAUAAGAAAUGAAAACAAAACAUGUACUAGUAAUAAAGAUAUCGAAGAAAAAUAACACGUUUGUUAGCUCCAAGAAGCGAAAAAUUAUAAGAAUGCACGGUACAUUCGAGGUGAAAACGCCGAGGACUCGUUCUUAAAAUAAAAUCUAUAGAAUCGUUCGAUACAAGAGACUGAUCGUAUCUCUGCCGGGUGUGCGAUUCAACUAGAAGUGGAUGGACAUCAGAAAAAAAGCGGAAAACAACAUACUGAAAAAAUUGAUAAAUCGAGAAAAAAAUGGAUUAAAUCCGGCAAAAAAAUUGCAAAAUUUAA